CCCAUUUGCUUCACCUUCACGACUUCACCCAACCCCAACCACGUCCAUUCCUCAAUUUCAUCAAUCUUCACCAUUCACACCAACGUCCAACGCCACAUGCCAUCAUUUCCAGUCCACAAUGUCAUGACUUGUGCUGAUGGUUAGUUGGCUGCAUUCACUCUCUCCCCAGAUUCCCCGCCGGCAUCCAGACCCACCCACACUACCACUAUCACCAUUGCCCAUAGGUAAACACUAAAACAGCAACUACAAAUAAACUCAUGAGAAUGAAUAGUAAACAGGAAAUGCCGGCGGCGGUGUACGAGCGGUGGACGUGGCCUUGGAAGGGGGACGUGGUCGUGGCGGAGUGUGACGUCAAGGAGGUGGCGUUCCGGCCGCGUGUGAUGAAAUUGGAGCUGGGUCCGGCGAGCUGCCGCUCCGACGGGCGGUGGCGGCGAUUGGAGGUGAAGUGUCGGACCAUAUUCUGGAAUUAUGUCUACGUUGCGGGAAUGUGUCUUGCGAUUUUGGCGUUCUCUCUUUAGGCGGUUGAGUUUUAAUUAUCUCUCUUUUGGGGUUGCCUUGCAUGGCAGCUGGGCCGCGGCGCGUGAUGUUUUUUUAUUUCUACUCGGUGUCGGAUUACCGAGCCGCCGACGGUAAACUACUCAUUCGAUCCCGGCAUACCGCCAUCACAAUUUCCCCAGCCGACUACCGUUAAGUUCGGUUACCGGUACAGUUACCGGUUAAACCGGCAACCGGAAAACCGUUUAGCAGCCCUACGUAUGACCCUCAUCCUAUUUUUACAUGAAAAAAUGUCGUUUCUUAUAGUAUCGAAUAUUCAUCAUAUUUUCGAACUGCAUAAUAGUCUGACCAUAUACUUCAAAAGGUAGAGAAUAAAGAAUAGUAUUGAGU